GACCACGAGACCUACAACGAGGAACUCUCCAAGUCCCUCCCCUGCAAGCUCUUCUUCCUCGACCACAUCAAGACCCGGCUCUACGUAGACUUCGGGUGUGGUGAUGGGUCUAUACUCAAGGCCAUCGGAGAGCGGCAGGACGACGCCAUACGGUUCGGGGUCGAGAAUGAUCCCGUCCAGUUUUCCCUAGCCGCCCAACACGCUCUGGUGUUUCCGACCUUCACGCACUUUGAGCUGGGCGACUACGAGUGGGCCACCAAAACGGCCAUCUUCUCCUCCGUGCUCCACGAAAGCCCCGGCCUCCUUGAGACCGCUGUGGUCUACGACUUCGACUACAUCGUGAUCCGAGACAUGGCGCUUCUGCCCCUGUACCGGGACCAGGAGUCCGAACUCGAAGCCGCCCUCAAGGAACCCUACCGAGGGACCCCAUCAUGGGAGCGGGAGAAGGAGGAGCGGUACUUCCGCCUCUCGGCCCUCGGCUGUCUCACCAGACCCCCUGAAGGAUACGAGGUGUUCUACUUCGAGCACUUCUCCAUCCCGGUGAUCCGUGAGCGCCUUGGCGAGGACAUCCCUACCCACGUGAAGGUCAUCUACAAGCGUAAUGACGUUCAUCACGAACAGAGCGGUUUAACGGACAUCGUGGAUGCCUCCGUGAUCGAGCCCGACGGCAGCCAGAAGGUCCGCCUCAAGGAAGCUGACAAGUGGUUCAUGGCUGAGGUCCUCUCAAAGGGUCCAUGUCCUGACUGUGGGUCGGACGAUAACCUCGUUACCUUCAAAGACCUUCACCGAUACUGCUUCACUCCGGGUUGCGGAAAGAAGUCCCCUCUCGACCCAGACACCCACCUCCCCGCCCAAGCGAAGAGGAAGACUAAGACCGUGAGCGAUACCGCGAACGCAAUCCCCUUCACCAUGGACCACAUGCAGGAAGGCUUGAAGUCCCGAGGCAUAGACCGGGAGACCCUCCAGAAGUACGGAUACUUCGUCCACAAGGAGCGAGGCGAGUUCCAUCACAUCGCCCCCUACUUCGGGCAGAACGGCCAGCUUGCCUACCAAAAGCGCCGCGACAAGGACAAAGCCUUCUGGUUCGACCCAGUGUCGGAUGGAGCCCCCAAGACCACCGACCUCCAGCUCUUCGGUCAACACGUGUGGGGUGAGAAGCACGACAAGAAGGUGGUGGUGACGGAAGGCGAACUUGAUGCCAUGUCCGUUGCGCAGGCCAUGAAGUUCAAGGUCCCGGUGGUGUCCAUCGUCCAAGGGGCCGAGUCCGCGAUGAAGAGCCUCAAGGCGAACUACCGCUGGCUCGACCGCUUCGAUGAGAUCAUCCUGUGGAUGGACAACGACGAGCCGGGACAGGCAGUUGUCGAUAAGUGUGCCGACCUCUUCAGAGCCGGCAAGGUCAAGACCAUCAAGGUCGAGGGCUUCAAGGACGCCUCGGACAUGCUCCAGGCUGGCAAGUCGGGGGAGAUUUACUCGGCGGUCUGGGGAGCCACUGUAUGGGCACCCACAGGCAUCAUCAAC